GGUAUGAUCUCCCCUUCAAUCAUUUCGCCGCUUCCACACUCUAUUGAUCUCACCACUAACAAGAUGCAGCCGCUGUCAGAACCCAAGCAGCGCCUGGCGCUGUCCAUCAUUGACUUUCUGUCCACUUCUCUCAAAGACGGCAGCCUGACUGCCGACGACGCCGACAACAUUGAGAUUGCCACCAACUGUAUCGCCGAGGCAUUCAAGGUCGAUCCAACCGACAAGACCGCUGUUUCCAAUGCCGUCGGGUCACAAAAUCUUUUGAGCAUCUAUGAGACAGCCAAGGGCAGUGGCAGUGUACCUCCGACCAGUGCCGCCCCUCCCAAACCCGCCGCCAUCAACCCCGAGGCUGAGAAACUCAAGAGUGCUGGCAACGCAGCUAUGCAACAGAAGGACUACAAGACUGCGAUUGCAAAAUACUCCGAGGCCAUCAGCUUUUCUCCUACCAAUCCAAUCUACCUGUCCAACCGUGCGGCGGCUUAUUCAGCCAGCGGUAUUCAUGCCUCAGCCGUGAAAGAUGCUGAGCUAGCUGUCGCUGCCGAUCCCAAAUAUACCAAGGCCUGGUCAAGACUGGGACUGGCCAGAUUCGCCAUGGGAGAUGCCCGGGGCAGUGUGGAUGCCUACCAACAAGGCAUCGACUUUGAGGGCAAUGGUGGAAGUGACGCCAUGAAGAAGGGGCUCGAGACGGCCAAGAAGGAAUUGGCAAGAAUGGAGGCCGAAGAAGAGAACAUCCCCGAAGAUGAUGUGGAUGAUGCUCCCGGCGAUAGUCGAGGUGUUGGAGCAGGUGGUAUGCCCGACCUCGGCGGACUCGCCAGCCUACUUGGUGGCGGAGGUGGUGGUCGCGGUGGUGGAGGCGGUGGAUUUGAUUUCGCCAGCAUCAUGAACAACCCCAUGUUUGCCGGCAUGGCCCAGAAUCUGAUGCGCAACCCAGAUGCGCUCAGCGGCCUCAUGAACAACCCCACCAUUCAGAACAUGAUGAAUCAACGGAGAGAAGGUGGCGGUGGUAUGCCUGACAUGAGCCAAAUCCAACAAAUGAUGCAAGAUCCUGCCAUUGCUGGACUCGCGCAACAAUUCAUGGGUGGCGCAGGCGCAGGCGCAGGUGGAAAUGCUCCUGGAUCAGGAAGAGGGCAAUAAAGACGACCAUGAUGACAGAAGAGUCUCAAAGUCACGGCGUGCCUGGCGUCGAUAUCAAGACAUGAUAAACUCAACAUGGUGUAUGAAGCAAUGAAUUACAUUGAUCCAGCGACUCCAUUUGUCUGCCUUUGUAUCCUCCACUUUCCCAUUUGGGGUCUAUGAUGUUUAUCUAGGUAUGUUUCCAAGCAUGAUAUCGAUUCCAAGCAAAUCAUCGUUAUGGUGGGGUAGAUCUGGGCGCUUCACGGACCAUCUGUUGGUUCCACGGUAUCGUGCAUGGAGCUAAAGUAUUGCUACGUGGCAUACAGUUUGACUAUGGUCCUGUCAGAUUUCGAGCCAGGGCACUCACCCCUCAAUCUCAACAACUACCACUUAUUCCUUGAGCAGGAAGAAAAGAGAAGAGAAAUGCGUCUUUCCUUGUCUUGCCUCUGUGGCAAAUAUUCAAACCAACCCUGACCUCUGCCUGCCGUGUCAAUCGUGUUGAGACUCUGUUCAAUCGUCGUUGAUUCACCACCAAUCAGCAUUCAUUCAUUCAUUCAUUCAUUCAUUCAU